GGCGGUCGCCCAUCGGACCCAGCAUCUUUACACUCACUGAGCGCAGUCUCACUUCUUCGGUCGGAAACGCCCAUGCCGAGCACGGCGCCGCGGACGGGGGGCGAGGUCUCCAAAGCGCCGGGCGCGGUUCCGCCGACAUUCGACAUGUCUUCCUGCGAAUUGCUUUAGGAACGGCGCCAGGGAACGCAAACCAAGGCCUGGCCGCCGUUGGGGAGCGAGUGCUGUUCCUCCGCGGCGGCGCCGAGGAGGGAGAGGGGCUUGAGCUGGAGGCGCGCGCCUCCGCCACGAUGCGCCUGGCCGCCCGCUGGCGGGCUCAGCCUCUGCGGGAGCCGCUGGCUGCUGGCGGCUGCGCCGCGGGCGGUGAGGCGGCAGCGGAGGGCCUGUCGGUGGUGGUGCUGAGCUCCGGGCAGUCGCUCGACGGGCCCCCGCCGCGGCUGCUGCUGCUCGGGCCGCGGGUCACAGAGCGGGGCCGAUCGAGGCCCAUGCCGUGAGGUGAUCACGCGUUGCGCAGCCCCGAGGAGG